AUGUCACUGGAAUUGUUAGAGAAGCGAUUCACAGAUCUACAAGAUCGACUCAAUUUAUUACAAGAUGCCACAAGCCAACUUGAGGAGCUUAUUCAGCGGCUCGCCAACUUCGACUUUCAGCCUGGAUCUGUGCCACUUGGUGCGGCCGAGGACGAUAAUGUGGGAACAGAACUGAGCUCGGAAAUAAAUCAAGUGCUUCGGGAGCAGGAGGAGGACCUAGAGUUAUUGAAAGAGGAAAUAAUUGAUAUACGUCCGGGCCGAUCUGGCAGCACCCUGCAGCAUGACAAGGACCGGCUCCAGGACGGUGCGGAGCGACUCGAGCGAAAGCUUCAGCUCUGUCGAAAAUCCUUCCGUAAAGCCCAAAUUACAGCAAAACGCAAUCUACAACUUGCCCAGCAGCAUGAACGAGAGCUUCUUUAUGCGUCGUUCUCGAGCCCGCGGUCCGGCGCAUCGACACCAGCGUCAGCAACGGCUACCACAACCGCUCAAUUCCCUCGUCGUUCACGAAAAUUGGCGUCGGAGAUGACCAAAGAGGAACAAAUGAUCAGCGCCAGCCAUGAUGUGACGGAAUCCAUGCGGAGAACUCACGACAUGAUGUCCGCUGAGUUGGUUAAGAGUGAUUUUGCUCAUAAUACUCUUCAAGAGUCGACUCAGGCUCUUGCCCAAUUGUCAGAGAAUUACUCAAGUCUUGACACAAUGCUAUCGAGUUCUCGUGCCUUGCUUGGUACGCUACUCAAGAGCCAAAAGACGGACACGUGGUAUCUGCAAUCUGCAUUCUAUUUAUUGACCAUAACCAUUGGGUGGCUUAUCUUCCGACGCCUACUAUGGGGUCCGACGUGGUGGCUAGUCUGGCUGCCACUCAAACUGUUAUUUAAGACUGCUGUUGGUAUUUCCAACACUGUCGGGCUGAGAGGGUCACAGAUUCAAUCAGAUUCUGAGUCAGCUUCGGUCGGCGUUAGCCCUCAACAACCUUAUAUGAAUAAUAGAGAUGUCCCUACUAUUGAAGUUGGCGGGCCUCUAGAAUCACAGGCAGUGGAACUAGAUGGGUCCAUGAUAGAAGAAGUAGGGAAAAUCAUUGAUAAAUCUCAGGUUGGUGCACAAGGUCCAGAUGAAGUAAGCACCGACGAGACUGAGUUAAGGGAGCGCACGGCUGAAGAACAACCAAAUCCAAAGAAGAGAAUGAUGGAAGAAGAAGAGGAACAUGCAGAUAUCCCAACGACUGGCGACCAACGGGUCAAAGAUGAGCUAUAA